AUGUUCGACUCUCAGGCUCUGGCAUUACAUAGCCGUUUCGAGAGCUUUGGGAGAGAGCCCAAGGUUGUUCUUGUCACAGGCGUCAAUCCAAAAAUAGUUUCUGGCACCUACAUAGAAAGCAAUCAUCCUAAACCAAAAUCAUUGACUCAUAAUGUCACGACAAAGAGACCUCUCGCAGCAAUCAAAAUCCUCCCAAACGAUAUCCAAACCGAAAUCAUUUCACGGGCUGCUAAGAUCUCAAUAAAAGGCCUACGCAACGUCAAGCUAUCAAACACUACUCUAUCCGAAGCUGCCGCAGAUCCUCAGGUCUACAAGAACAUCAAUCUCUACAUCCUAACAGUCUAUCCUCUCAUACCACUUCGCAGCUACAAAGAACUUAUGGAACGCUGCCGUGCCGCCGGAAACUUGCAGGCUCACUACAUACAUGGGAUACAAAAAUAUUUCCAUAACAACGACAUCGGUGAGAACAAGAGCUCGAAAAACGAUGCUGGAUUCACUGGGAUGGAGAGACAACAUCAAACACGGCGACACUUACUGGAAAACAUCAAAAAAUCACUCCAUGGAGUAAGAGUCACAACCCUAGACGCCACUAUGAACACCUACACAGAAGCAAGAGAACAUAUCACAUGUCACCGAGACGAGAUGCACCUUCGCUGUGAGAGUUGCUAUUAUUACAAGCAGAUCUACAAAUAUACUUUUACUGUUUAG